UUCCCUCGCUGGUUACGUCAGCGCUAAACGCCAGCAGGGCGGCCGUACAAGAGGACCGUUGCCGGUCUCGCUGCCUUCCUCGAUCAACAAACUCGACCGGUCACGGUUGCUUGAUUCGCUGGCUCGGCCCUUAGACCGUAGAACAGAAUAAACCUCUGAUAGGAUAGACGUCUCAGUUAGUGCGUGGAUAUCUAGACUUGUGGUAAGGUCACGGUGGAACAACAAAUGACGUCAGGAACUUGUGCUGGGAUGUACGGGACUCUGGCCACUUGACUUAGGAGACAGCAUUUGGAUACAGAGGUGGCCAUUGCUAGCCAGUCUAGCUACUACAGGAGCCGAGCAUGAACAUGAACAACGUGAACCCCCCGCCCAUCAACAACGCCCUCCAGCCGGACAUCUACAACCGUCUGGACGCCGAGACCAUCGAGAGGACACGAGUGGCCAACAACCAGCUGCACAUGAGGCUCAUGCUGGAGGAGAGGGUCAUCAACAAGUACAGGCACGAAGCAGAGCGGAUCAUUCUACAGGAGAAAUCUCGAGUUGCCCAGGAGUUAACUCGCAUCACGCGAAAGCUUCCGGCCAUGGGUAGAAUGCGAGGUCUGGAGGAGCAGUUGUUUACAACACGAUCAAACACAGACCCGCUACCUCGAGCCACCAAGAGAAACAAGCGGAAGAAAAAGAAUUAUCAAAAUGACAAAAAUGACGACCUUAUUUGCCAAAGAUGCUAUAUCCACCAUCUGCCCUUGAAGAAAAUGUUUUAUCGAAAGGUCACACCCCCACCACAACCUACAGUGUUUGACAGCGAGAAUGGUGUGACGUCAGAGGGUAACCACGCCCCGGAAGUGAACUCUAUACCUGUUGGCUCGGUUUCGAAACAAAUUUCCGAUCUCCCUAGUCGCCAAAAUGCCUCGGCCAGUUUUAAGAUGGUCAUACCCCCCAUUGACACGUUUAAGUUUUUAGAGAGGGACAGAUGUGGUCGGGAAACAGAUUUGAACCAGGUGUUUACGCCAAGACUCAUGCCCAACGAGAUGUGGAAGGGCGUGGUCAAAGAUGUGUGCAGUCAACAUGUAAAGAAAGACACGAUCAAAACAAGACCUCUCCGGUGUGCGAGGGAGUUUUCUCGAGAGAGAACUCUUGGCGAGAAGAGUGAUCGAAUCUCCAGUGUAAACAAGCGAGUCCGCGGCGAGACGCAAACACUUACAAGAUCUCCAAGUACGUUGGCGCGCAUGGGCUCGUUCAGACGACAGUCUGUGACGAAGACGAACAAACGCAACGAACCACAAGCACCGUCGCGAUCUUCAAGCACUUUAAAAAAGUCUGAAUAGAAAGCUCAGCGGUGUAUUCUAA